AGACUUUUAAAAUCUACAUAAGUCUUGAACUAAUACACUUCCUAAAUUAAAAAUAUACAAUAAAUAGAAUUCUGAUUUUUUAUUUAUGUUUUGGCAGAAAGAAUCUUGGCCCGAGCGCUGGUUUGGAUAGAACAGGAAGCGGCCUUCAAUAGAGAUUCGAAUUACGCAACCAUUGAUUACUGCUCACAGACAAAUUCAAAUUUCCACCUAAAAUCCACUCGAUUUCUGCGAAAUCCCCCCAUUUUCGUUCUUAAUUAUCUUCUCCCAGAGCUGGAAGUCAUUGGUCAUCAAGGUGAAGAAUCAAUAGCGGUUGCAGAAUGUUGGUGUCGUUGAGCAACGCGAUGGUGCUCUGUCCGGAGCAACAAUGGGGAGCUGCAGCCAGAGAAGCAUGGCCCUCUUCUGGUGGCCGCCGUGGAGCGAUCACGUGCUCAAAUAGAGGGAGCAACAGUUUUCCUCUUCGUCUCGCAUUAAGGUGUUGGAAAAGAAGGGCAUGCGCCGCUGCAAAAGGCUCGUGGGAAGACCCUGACGAUGGGAGUGAUGACAGUGAUUACGAGGAAGAAGAGGAAGAGGAAGAGGAAGAGGAAGAAGACGAGGAUGACUUGGAUUAUAGAAGUGAUUGGGAGGCUAAUGGGAAUGAUAAGGUUGUUGUUAAUGCCGACGCCUUGUCUGUGAAACAGUACGAGGAAAGUCUUGUUAGAGAUGUUAAUCACAUGUUGAGGCCGGAGGAAAGAGCAAUUCUGGAUCAGAACGAAGCUCCUAACCUAGAGAUACUAUCAACGGAGAAAUGGAAACCUAUCCAUACCUUUGCCCUAGCUGGACAGAUAAAAUUCAUGGACGGCCUGCUCGAGAAGGGGUAUGACAUUGAGCUAGCUGAUAAGGAUGGGUCGACUGCGCUGCAUUUAGCAGUUAUUGGGAAGAGAGAGGCCGUCAUUAGUCAUCUCUUGAGGAAAGGAGCAAAUCCUGAAGCACGCGAUCAGGAUGGUGUGACUCCCCUUCAUUAUGCUGUUCAAGUAGGGGCGAUGCAAACCGUGAAAUUGUUGAUGAAAUACAAGGUUGAUGUGAAUGCUGCUGAUGAAGAAGGAUGGACGCCGUUGCACGUAGCCAUGCAAACGAGAAACAGAUAUAUAGCGAAGAUCUUGUUAGUUAAUGGCGCUGACAUAAACAGGAGAAACAAGGAUGGGAAGACACCCCUUGAUCUGAGCUUAUGCUACGGUAAAGAGUUUAAGACGUACGAUCUUGCCAAAAUGUUGAAACAAGUUGCUGCUACCAGAAGCUUCUGAGAUGUCAAGGCUUGUGCCACAUUUGAGAAUUUGAGUGUGCAAGAUGGGGCCAUGCAUUGUUGGUGCACAAGCACGCGAAACAUGAGUUUUUUUUUUUUUUAGAUUUUUUUAUGUAAUAGAUUGUUGUCUCAUUGUUGGAAUUAUUAUACUAUGAAAAAUAAUAUAUAUGAUAGGAUGUGAUCGUAUGUAGAAAGAAAAAGAAA